CACGUUUCUCUGAAGCUGUAUAAACUAAUUGUAUUUUAUUAAUGGAGCCAGCGACUGUAGACCGAAGACAACAAAUUAAUGGAUGUGAGAAAAAUAUGCAUAGGCUAUGUAUCGUGGGUGAUUCGGAAAAAGGUUUUGACAACAAAGUGUCAAAUGGAAAACGAGCAGACUAUCUUUCUUGGGAUGAAUACUUUAUGGCCACAGCCUUCCUGUCUGCACAGCGUAGUAAAGAUCCACGUACACAGGUUGGAGCUUGUAUUGUAAACUCAGAAAAUAAGAUUGUUGGCAUUGGCUACAAUGGCAUGCCCAUUGGGUGCAGUGAUGAUUUGUUGCCUUGGCACCGGGAUCCUGAAAAUAUUCUUGAGUCAAAGCAGCUUUAUGUUUGUCAUGCAGAGAUGAAUGCUGUGUUAAAUAAGAAUUCAGCAGAUGUAAAAGACUGUCGUAUUUAUGUUGUACUUUUCCCUUGCAAUGAAUGUGCCAAAAUUGUCAUCCAGUCUGGGAUCAGAGAAGUCAUCUAUUACUCUGAUAAAUAUGCAGACAAAGAUGAGUUCAAAGCUUCCAAAAAACUUUUAGACAUGGCUGGCAUCAGAUACAGACAAUACAGGCCUGAGCGACAGAAGAUUGUUAUUGACUUUUCUGUCAUUGAAAGCAUGUGAUACAAGGUGGACUCACAAUUUAGCAGCGUUUCUGUAGUAUUUGGGGAGUUCAUCAGACAGGAAUGCCACAAAACUUGGAAAGCUAUCAUGUCUGGCUGACUCACCAGGAAAACUAAAAACGUUCUGCUUUGUAACCUGUUUGGAACACAGCCAAACUGCAUUUUUUGCAUACAAACCGCUUAGCGCAAACCUUUAGCUUCUAGCAGCACCACAAACUAUUAUACGUAUCAAUAUAUAUAUAACUAUUAUAUCAACAAUAAGAGUAAUCGUGUGGUAAUUUUUCUCAUUUAGCCUUAACGAUAUGACGUUUUUUUUCUCUCUCUCAGUGAUAGGGCCUUUGCUGCUGACAUGGCGUUAAACAACCAACCUCUCUCUCUCUCGUAGAACUGCACAACAAAAUACCAUUUGAAGUAAACAUGCAGAAAUAUAACGGGUUCCUCUCAACUCUUUGGGGCGCAAGUGGACAACAGCAGCGUCGCAGUCCCGCUGUCCAACGUCAGCACCAUCGGCUCACGUGACCAUCUCGAUGUGGAGAACGGAACGAAACCCUGGAACGUGCACGACAGGCAUGGCCACUCCGCCACCACGUCAUCAGAGUGGGAUGAGUUCCGGUUGGACCAGGCUCUCUUCAUCUACGUCAUCGCUGGGCUGUGUUUCGUCAUCAUGCUCGUGUUGGGCCUCAAGUACGUCAUUUGCGACAAGAACUUAAAAAUUCUCAAGCGAACCCGAACAGAGGUUCUCAGAAAAGCCGGCUAUCGGCAGCCAGUUGAGUUCAGCUCCACCGGUCGACUGAUGGUGUCCGCCAAAGUGUGAGCAGGACCUGAACGCCGGGACUUCUACUGGAGACAAUGUUCUUUGCUACCGUUGUAUAUAUUUGUAUAUAUUCACGGCAUUUCUAGUGCGUUAGUCUCAACUUGUUUGUUGUAAGACAUUUUAUUGAAGCAGUAUUUUUUUGUACACUGGCACAAAUGUUUUUAAAGGUUAUCUUUGCCUUCUUUAGAAACUUUCUUGUCGUGUGCUCUCACCACCCUUUCUUUCCCGCAUCACAUGUAAGGGACAUCAUACAGCAAAUAGACUAGUGGAUUCCGUCAGUCCUAGGAGUCACUAGGUUCAUCACCGAAGAUGAAGUGAACUGCGUUACCAAUCUAUUGCUGACUUAUUUACAUUCACUUUGGCAGAAAAAAAUCCGGUUCUAGAUGUGUACACAGGCAAGACUGUGACUGUUUGCUGCUGACAGUUUGCUUUAUGCAACUAAUAUAUAUAUACAGGCAACUAAACCGCUGAGCCACUUCGUCUACAGGGUUCGAUUUACAAACCACGCUGACAGUUCUAACAUCAUCACCACUAAGUUUGUUCUCAGAACCAGCCCUGCAAAGACUUGCUGUCUUUCUUACUGUUUAUGUGAAUUAUGUGAACAGAACAUACACUGAGAAGAGGCGGGGCAAGUUUAAUUUACGACUGGAAGCUAUGAAGAGCAUCAUGAAGUCCGAUAAUCUUCCCCUCAUCCAAAAAGUCCACUAUUCAAAACUUUAAACUCUAAUUUUAUUACGGCUUAUCAUGCCGGGCUCAAAAAAGAAGUCUUGCGUGUGUGCUUGCGGGUGUUUGCAUGCUUCUGUGCUCGUUUGAGUGCCUGUGGAUUUCUAAAUAUUUACAAGCAAGAGAAGAGACGAAAGCACCACGAAAACAGAGAAAUGUUCAGUGGUUUGUGGACCGAAGAAUCACUGCUUUCUCGACUGAAGAACCAUUAGUUUCUAGACUGAAGGACCAGCACUUUCUCAUCUGAAGGAUCAGUGGUUUCAUCGACUGAUUAACGUCUCUGUCGGUGUUGCUUUUUGAAGCAUAUAUCUAGUCAUUGUACUUACUGCAGUGCUAAAACAUUGUCUAAAGCAGUGUAUAAGCAGCACUGUCUGUAUAUAGAUCACCUUUGUGUCUGACUGGUUUUUGCUCUUUUGGCACAGAUGCAUCAUAAUUCUUUAAAAUGUCAUAUUAGUCAAUCAUAAUGAUACAUGUGGAUAGCCAGUGUCUUUCGCCUGUGUGUGUGAGAGAGUGUGUUUUAACAGAAGUUGUAAUCUUGAUUUUUAUUGCUUUGACUUCUUAUGAAGAUGUUUAAGUUAAAGAAAUACUUCCUUAGCUCAAGACUGAAAGAAAGCCAGGCAAUAUCUGUAAUACUUUUGGAAUAAUAACGUAGACCUAACAGCAACAUUCCGUUCAGUGUCACCCUUAUAAAGGACAGGAGACCAUCAGAUGCGGUGGCAUUGUCCAGAAAUUUAAAGUUUGGUCCCCUUAUUGUAAAAACUUGAUCCCGUUAAACGGUGUCUGUUGAGAUUUGCUAUAAGGAGAAAGUGCUUUAUUUCAUUAGUCUUUACAUAAUUCAGAUGUUAGCAUGCAUGUGUUUUGUACAUACACCAGCUACAUUCUACUACAUUCAGUUGUGGACGUGUACUAUCACCACUAAGACGUGUGUCCCUGCAUGUCCAUACAGAACUCCUACUGAAUGCCAGGCGACCAUGGUCACUGCUACUAUGGUAACCGACUGGUUCAGAAUAUCUAGAACAUCUUGAAAACCAAAAGGCCACAUACGGAGGUGACCUUUUUUCGACUUAAUUUGACUUCGACCAUCGAUUGAAUGUAAGAAGCUGAAUCGAUUCCUCGAGCAGGAGACAAAUGCUUUCUAUUUUCCGAACAAUCGAUCAUUUAAAAAGCUUUCUGGCUUCUCUUCUGAUCUUUGGUUCAAGGAUUUCAUUGUGUGUAUGUAGAGUGGAUCAAAGGGGAUAAAAGGACCUCAGACAAGGAAGUGUUUUAUUUCUUUCUUCUCUCUUUCAUGGAGUCGGGUUCAGGAGAUGGCGGAGUAGUCUGCUGUUGCAAUAACUGUUUCACACAUUGUUUAUAGUACAGCUCCAGAGUACUAGGUUAAGGUGUGUGCGUGUGUGUACGCGCGUGUUUGUUUGUUUAGGGUUUGUUUAUGAGAAAGUACAAAUGUAUGAGGAAGGUGACAGAAAAUGUCUCUCAACACUUAAGCUUCAUAAGCCUAAAAAAUAAUCGAAUCUUUUCCACGCCGUGUUUUCAAUUUGCAGUUUCGUGAUUGUGUUUUAAAGCUCAUCCAUGAUUAUGUUACAAGCAUGUCGUAUGUUUCCAUUAUGUAGACAAUGAUAUUGUGUCUGUGGCCUCAGUUUUAAUCGCCAUUGUAACAAAUUGACAUUCGAUGUCCAUCUAUCCGUCACUCUUUAAAAUCUUCAUUACUACAUAAGAUAAGACUAUUUCUCAGCGCCCUGGGGCGAAUUGCAUGAAAGCUCUCGACUUCUCUUCCAUACAUACAUGUGCCCAACAAAAUAACUGAGUAAACGAACUAAACCUCCACUGUUAAGGGUGGAAAUGCACCACAUGAGCAUUCACCACUGGCUUACAGUUGCAAUAGCCAAGACUCAUGUAUUGUGUAUUGUUUAUUCACUAUAUGCCCCCAUUCAUAGGGAUCAAUGUGAACGCAGGCUCAUUUCUUUGAUGAAUAUGAAUGUGACGAAGUCUGAAGCACG